AUGGCCUACCCACAGACUCUCUUCCCCUCUGUAACCCUCCAUCCCGAUACACUUCUCUUCGCCCGUCGCAAGGCCGCAGCCCAACAGACCCUGCACUAUCAGCUAUCAGUCCUCAAAUCCACAGGACGCUACGAUGCCUUCAAGCUCAACUGGCACCCCAUCUACUCCGAGCCGGUCCCCUCGCCCGGCGUGCCCAAGCACCUCUUCUGGGACAGCGACAUCGGCAAAUGGCUCGAAGGCGCCUGCUACAUUUUACUCACCACCCCACCCUCCCAACGUGACCCGACUAUCCUUGCCGCCGUCGACGAGCUUGUCCCCAUGAUCGCCAGUGCGCAGCAGUUAGACGGCUACCUCAACAUCCACUACAGCGUCGUCGCGCCAGGCCAACGCUUCACCAACAUCCGCGACAUGCACGAACUCUACAACGCGGGUCACCUCCUCGAAGCGGCACUUGCACACGCCGCCCUCGUCCACCCACAGCCCUCCCUCCUUCUGCAGACCAUGCUGAGAUACGUCGAUCUGCUCUGCACCCUCUUCGGCCCCAGCCUGACCCAACAGCACGGCUACCCUGGCCACCCGGAGAUCGAGCUCGCGCUGCUGCGCCUGCAUGCAUACACCCGCGAACCCAAGCACCUGGCGUUGGCGCGCUACUUCAUUCUGGAGCGCGGGAACCCCACGGGCUGCUUUGAGAGGCACUUCUACCGCGUCGAGGCGGAGCGGAGGGGCGAAGAUCCGCGGCUGGGGUUGCGUUUCAGUGGGAAGGCUGACGCGUGGUGGUACAUGCAGGCGCACGUGCCGAUCGUGGAGCAGACGGGCGUUGAGGGCCACAGUGUGCGCGCCAUGUACCUGCUGGCGGCGGCAGCGGAUCUGUGUCUCCAAGAGGGCGACAAGGUCGCGGAAGGUAAGCUACUGCCGGCCAUACGGCGGCUGUGGGACGACAUGGUGGGCCGGAAGAUGUAUGUCACAGGCGGGAUUGGCGCCAUGAAGCAGUGGGAGGGUUUCGGCCUACCCUAUUUCCUGCCUCAGUCGGCCGAGGAAGGCGGGUGCUACGUCGAGACAUGCGCAGCCAUUGGCGUGAUGAUGUUGGCAGAGAGACUUUUGCGCAUUGAGCUCGACGGUGCCGUGGGCGAUGUCAUGGAACUGGCGCUCUACAACGCCGUGCUGACGGGCAUGAGCUGCGACGGCAAGAAGUUCACGUACUGGAAUCCCCUGGGGAGCAGCGACGGCGCCUUGGCGGAGCGGGAGGAGUGGUUCGACUGUGCGUGCUGUCCGCCGAACGUGCUGCGCCUGCUGGGCCAGAUCGGGGGAUACGCGUACAGCCAGCGAGAGGCGGAGAUUGAUGUGCACCUAUUCAUCUCGAGCACGGGGACGUUCAAGGUUGGGGCGCACGACGUCAGGCUGACACAGGAAUCCAACUACCCGUGGUCGGGUGAUAUCAAGUUCACGCUGGAAACGACUGCGAAUGACCUCGUGGGGCUCAACAUCCGAAUCCCAGGCUGGGCAAAAGACGAAUGGAGUAUCUCUCCACCCCUCCCCUCCUCCCCUACCGCCCCCCUCCUCCGCAGCAACUACCUACACCUCCCCCCAACCUACCUCCACCCCAGACCCAACGCCCCCUCCACAUCAACAUUCACACUCACCCUCCCCCUCCAUCCCCGCCACCUAUCUCCUCACCCCUACGCCUCCCAUCCCAGCCUCACCCUCGCCCGCGGCCCCAUAAUCUACUGCGUCGAAGACGUCGACAACCCCUGGGUCCUCAACCACACCUUCUCUUCCGGCGACGUCAAUCCAAGCCCACACGCGCAUUUCCGCUCCCUGCAAAUCGACCCCAGCUUCCCCAUCACCGAAGCCCUCCUCACGGACGCCGAGACGGCGGAGACGUACGUGGGUUUGACUCUGGCGCGGGGCGGGGCGUCGUUGCUGGACCUCGAGGCCGUGGAUGCCGCGUUUCGAGGUGGUAGGGGGCCGGGCGUCGAUGUGAGUGUCGCCGUCGGCGAGGACGCGCAGGACCAAGAGGGCCGUUGGGCCAGGGGAAUACCGCUCAAGGGGGAGUUGAGAUUCGUGCCGUAUUACUUCCGCGCGAAUCGGCGGGGGAGUCGGGGCGUGAGUCGUGUUGGGCUGCGGUGGUGGGUUCGCUAG